AAGAGUCCGCAGAAAUGGCCAAAACGCAGGAGGUUGAGCGCAUCGCCAAAAAGCUGGAUAAAAUGGUGCACAAGAAAAACACGGACGGCGCUCUUGAUUUGCUGAGGGAACUGAAAAACAUGAAGAUGUCUCUGGAAACUCUGCAGUCAACCAGAGUCGGGAUGUCGGUGAACGCGGUGAGGAAGCAGAGUUCAGAUGAGGAAGUUCAGACUCUGGCCAAAACUCUCAUCAAGUCCUGGAAGAAACUUCUGGACGGUGAAGAAGGGAAGCCUGAUGAGAAGAAGAAGAAGGAAGGCUCUCUUGUGAGGUCGUCGUCUACCUCCAAGGACUCUGGCUCCACUGAGAAGAGCAGUGAGAAGUCUGUGGAGACUCCGACCACGCCCACCGUCCCGCACCGGUUCACCUCUUUCCCCCCGACCCCCGUUACUACGGACAACGUGCGGACCAAGAGUCGAGAGCUGCUGGUGGCGGCUCUGCAGACUGGAGAUGACUUCAAGGCUGUUGGAGUUGACUGUGAACAUCUGGCAGCACAAAUUGAGGAACGGAUAUUUCAGGAGUUCAAAUCCACGGACAUGAAGUACAAGACGCGGCUGCGGAGCCGCAUCUCCAACCUGAAGGACCAGAAGAACCCGGAGCUGAGGCGCAACGUCCUGUGUGGGAGCAUCGCACCUGAACGCAUCGCCUCCAUGACGGCGGAGGAGAUGGCGAGCGCAGAGCUGAAGCAGAUCAGAGAGACUCUGACCAAAGAGUCCAUCAGAGAACACCAGCUGUCCAAGGUCGGCGGAACCGAGACGGACAUGUUCAUCUGCAGCAAGUGUCACGGCAAGAACUGCACGUACACGCAGGUCCAGACCCGCAGCGCCGACGAACCCAUGACCACCUUCGUUCUGUGUAACGGCUGCGGCAACCGAUGGAAGAUCAGCCCUGCGGCCUCCUGCAGCCAAUCAGGAGCAGGCGUGCAAGUGGGCAUCAGACAGUGGCGUGGUCGAAGGUGAGAGGUUACAGAGGUCAGCAGCAGCAGUGCCCAGGUAGGCCACCCUGGUGUGUGUGUGUGUGUGUGUGUGCAUAAACAUUUGAAUUACUAUGCUGACUGGGACUGUUCUGGCGUUUUGAUUUUUGGGGGAUUUUUAAAGUGCAAAACGUUGAAUCAUCCUUGUUUUUUUAUUGGCUAAUUAGAUCUGCAGAGGGUUAUUGAUCACAUCUGUGAGUUUUUCAGGCUGCACUAACGUUCUCGCGCAAUAAACUGGCCGCUGUUAUAGAAAACACACUGAAGAUGUGGAUUUCUGCAGCCAUUUCUGCGUGUAACUGUUAGAAAAUUAGCCYGAAACCUUCCCAGYCUGAACCAACUGGUGUGUGUCCCAGUAACGCCCGUUAGUGCUUCUUCCACACACACUCAGGAUUCUACCGGAAGAACUUUUCUGCCAUCUAUUCUCAGCUGUGUCUAAUUUUUUGACAAAAUGCACUCAUACUCAUACUGGCAUCUGCUUGACAGAAUAAAACACAUUUUUCUUUCAUAUAAAUGCAGCUAAAUUCAGGCAGGAAGAUGUUAUUCCUUGAUUCCACCAUAUUGAAUUUUGAGACCAGGUUUGGACCGAAAUGAGACUUUUUWAAGUUUUCAUAAGAUUCUUUGUUCUCAGUGUUUGAGUUGUCACGGCAACACUAAAUAAACAAAUGAUUUUUAUACUGUUAACCUGCCAUAAUAUCAGGCUGCAGACAGAUUUAGCCUCUAAGCACUUUGUAUUGACUUGUUGCUGAAAAUGUGCUUUAUAUAAAUAAAAUCGUCARGUCAGAAUCAAAAAAUAUAGAAUUUCUAAAACAACUUAAAAUCAUAAAUUAUUUUCCUGCUCAACAAAAACCUCAACAUACAGUAAAUAAAAAUUGAGCUUAAAAAAAAAAAAAAGGAUUUUAAUCUUGGAUCAAAUUUUGCCAUAUUACGCCAAAUUUAAUAAAUUAGCUAAAAGCAGAUUUUUGGGGAACCAAAGUCUGUUUUUCUGUAAAUAUUAGUACAUAAAUGUAAUGUUUUUUCCAAUAAAGUCAAAGAGAACGCAAAAAGCAUGGUUGUAAAAAAGAUGGAUACUUUCUAUUUCAUCAUAUACUUUCCAUCAUUAGAAGAUUUUAACUUUUUUCUAAUCAUUUUUGCUCUAAUUCAAAACAAAAAUCUCUCAACUGGCAUCAACUACCUGCACAAGUUAGCAACCAAACUUAUGUAAUUUUUUUAGUUAUUUUUAGGGGCCACACCAAAUCAGCCCAGGGGCCACAUGUGGCCUCGGGCCGCAGUUUGGACAACCUAGAUGACUAGACAGACUGAAAAGCUCAUAUUGGUUAAUGUGCAAAGUUAAGAUUCAAAAAAGUAAAAUACACCAAAAAAAAAGGUUAUUUCAACACUAAUCAUGAAUUAAUCAAUAAAGCUUAAAAAUGGAGGCUUCAAACUAAACUCUGCUGAUCCUGAAAACCGUUCAGGAAGUCGGUUUGGAUCUUGUGAGGAAUGUGAGUCAAACGGUCAUCAGCUGGAAAACCUGAGUUAAGAGCCUGAGAGGGAAACAGGAAACGGUCAGAGCAGACAUCUUCCUUCUCCUUUUUUAAAACUCUUCGGGCUUUUCUUCAUCACUGCGAUUUAUUUAGUGAAUUAACUUGUGAUUUCUGAACAAUCCCUGUGCGCAGAGUGACUCAAAUAUGAUCAGUGUGUGCCUGUUGUCUGGACUCCAGUGUUUUAUUGCGGUGAUGUGUGUGUGUGUGUGUGUGUGUGUGUGUGUGUGUGUGUGUGUGUGUGUGUGUGUGUGUGUUGGGUGGAGAUCAGUACAGUCUCAGAGGAAUUCUCCUCCGCUUGCAAAAAAAUAAUAUCAUUCAGGUGAGGGACUCAGUAGGAGAAAUAAAAUAAUAAAAAAAAAAAAAAAUAUAUAUAUAUAUAUAUAUAAUAAAAUUGUUUCAUAUAGUUUUCUCUUAAAAAAUAGACUCGUCGUCUUUUUGUAAAUCAGUAGUUGGAAGGAAUGUCGUCCUUCCUUCAUCCGUUUGUUUACGACAGGCGGGAAACGAGCGGUCCAGAAAACGUUGUGGGUUUUGUGUUUUGGUGGGAGAUGGAGGGAGCACCCUGUUUUUCCAGUUGAACGGAGGAAAAACGACAGAAAGAACGGGGGAAUGAUUCAGCAUCCGUCUUUUCCUUUCAGCUUUCCGUCCUUCGUCAGGAGGAGGCGACUGCAGGUCUGGGACGUCCUCCUCUGAUUGGCUGGUUACGGUGGCUGGAGUGUGUGGGGAAGGCCGGGCGUCGAAUCCACCAGAGGUCCAUGGCACAGACGAACGGUUUUCCUCUUGAAAUGCAUCAGACUCUCACAAAGUAGUCAAGUACGUCUCCACAUAACAGAAGAUCCUAACUCAUAAAUACUUAAAUAUCCAGGAACGCGUCCUUCUCCGGCUGUUUACGGCUGAGAAAAAAAAAAAACAGAAAGAGGAAGAAACUAAAUCUGCCUUCAUGGAUGGGCUUGACCUGUAAACACGAGCGAGGAUCAUUGAACUUGAAUAUUUCUGGCAAUAAAUGUUAACCGAUUCUACUUUCCUUCA